GCUCCUCACGCAGUUCUUUCAUAGCUGCCAUCACGUGCUCGCUCCCCACGGGCAAAUUUGGGUCACCCUCUGUGCGGGCCAAGGUGGCACGCCGGCCGAGACCAUCGUCCGCGCCUUUGGGGACACGUGGCAGGUCGCGCAGUGCGCCGCGAGCGCCGGCUUUCUCCUCUACGACGUCCACGAAGCGCCUGUUGACGCACUUUUUCAGCUCGGCUACAACAGCGUCGGGCACCGCCUCCAAGAAAAGGCCUUUCGGACGCACGCCGGGCUCACGCAUGUGUUUUGCGGCGACGCGAUCGGCCACAGCGCGUGCUUUCCGCUCACGUGGACGCGCGACAUUAGCUUCUGGAUCAACGACGGCUUCUCGGACGCCAAGUUGUCGCCUGUUUUGCAGACGAUCUUUGGGCCGCAGGUCGAGAUUGCAUUUAUCAAGAUUGACGACUACGUAAGCGACGCCGGGCGACUCGCGUACGGCUACCGCCUCACGUUGUCGUCGUCCGUCUUUGCGCUCUCGAAAGAAUAUGUCAACGCCAAGUGCGACGAGGUGGUGGAUCUCCUCGAUACGAAAGUAUGGUAG